ACAGACUGUAGCGUCAGAUGUCAAGUAUCUGCAUCAUAUGAACGAGGUCACGGUGAAUCGUUUCCACCGUCCUCUCCACCCCCGUUCUCGCUCUCCUCCGAUCCAGCAAUGUUACAAAUCACCCUUGGCCUAUGGAGCGGCUUCGUAAUCAUGGCAUAUGCAAGGCCUUUCUUGAAGGUUAUCGAUGACUACAUAAGCCUUUCCCCGACGGAGAACAAAGCUUAUAGAACGAAAUAUAUCCCUUGGGACGAAUGGGGUUUGAAGUCUACCUUUUGGUUCAACCAUUCCAAGAAUAUCUUCAGCAAGUCCACCAUGUAUGGAUAUCGCGUCAUGACGCCUACCGCGUUGUACGACUUCACGCCCCAAGGAAACGGGAGGGCUAUCAGCGAUACAGAACGCAGUCAAGUUGUGAACGGAACCGACGUGUACGCAUGGGGCUUAGACGUGAACCCGAAUACCAGUAUGCCCUUCCGUGUUUCGGAGUUGAAGGGUCCGGACGUGCAGUUCGGUACAUACAUUUUGGGCGACGAACUUCUCGCAGUGAAGAGAACCACAGGGGAGAAAGUGUUUACGCUGUUUGCUCCGCAGAUCGAUGGCUCGAUUGGAAGCAGACGCUGAGACAUUUUCUGGAGCUAUCGGCUGACGGUUAGUCGUGGCUAUCAUGGACGAUUUGUACAAAGUUGUGAUGUUGUAUAUAGGCAUGUAUUUCUUCUGGUUCGAAAUGUUAAUGUUUUGCCCG